UGGGGGGCGGGGCUACGUGAUCGUGCGUGAAGACGGUUGGCGACUGACUUGCAGGCGGCAGCGGCGGCCCGUCGAGGUGCAGCGAUGUCCGAAGGCCCUUCGAGGAUCUGCGGUCCGAUCCCGCCGGACGCAACGCUGUUCCCGGAGUUCUACCAGCGCCCGCUGUCAGCUCGAGGGAGGUUAGAGGGGAACGGCCCGCAGCUGAGCUUCCUCUCCGGACCUUUAGCCCCGGACCCCACGCUCUACCCGACGUGCUACAGCGCCCGGCCCUCGCGCCCACCGCCUCGCGUGCGUUCCAAUGCCCUGGACUACCUGGAGAGAGGGCAGAAGGGCACGGUGGGGAUGCUGCUCCAGCUGGAGGGAGUGUCGCUGUACGGGGAAUCGCCACCAAAAAAGAAGGAACCGAAGGAUCACGAGAAGGAGAACCUGAGACGCAUGCGGGAGAUCCAGAGGAAGUGCCGGGAGAGGGAGCUCGAGCGGGGGCUGAGUGGGCCCAAACCGGUCAAAGCUCUGUGGAAAUCCCAGAAGUACCAGACCGUCCCUUCCAAAGUCAUGGCACAGCUCCAGGAGUUCUUGCCCCCCAAACACCCAGAGAGUCAUCACAGCUACCUGAAGGCACACUCACGGUGUGGCACUGGCCUUACUCCGACCCGCUGCCCCUCCCCAAGCCCCCCCAAGGCGGAGUCUUCGAUCGAAGCGGUGGAACCCGCCAUCGCAGAGAUUCAAGUCAAAGGCGUCAACGUGGACUUUGUCAGACGCAACGCACAGAACGCAAAGAGAAUGCCAGUACGGCGUUCCAAGUCGCUGCAGUGUCUGUCCGACGUGCUGGAGAGGAAACAGAAAGAGCAAGAGGACUACAUCACCAAGAACAAGGGGCAUCUGCCGCAGUAUUUGGUUGAAAGGAGGGGUCAGUGGAGGAAGGAAGCGGAAGAGAGGCGGAGAAACAUUCCUGAUCCAAGUAUGCCUCCGGGACACACCAGGAUGCCAGAGAAAGAACGCUUGGAAACGCUAAACUCCCUUCAACAAACCCAGCACCAACUGACGAAACAGUUAUUGAUGUUCCCUGUACGUGUGGACACGAUCAGUAUGAAGAAUAGGCGGACGGAGCUGGAGAGAAAGCUCGCAGAGAUCGAGGAGGCCAUCAAGAUCUUCUCACGCCCCAAAGUCUUCAUCAAAAUCAACGCUUGACCGACUCAAAAUCAAGGCUGUGGACAAGCUGGAGAAAAUGUGGGACAUGUGAGAGAUGCGUCUGAAAAGAGAUGCCAUCAGUCAGGCUUCCUGCUCCCUGCUCCAGACGUCCCCGAGUCUUACCGCAAAUAUGUAAAUAAAUCAACUGACAAAACUAUUUUUAAUAUCACUGUAAUUCAAAUAGAUCCAUGUAAUAAAAACGUUUUUUUUUUU